AAAACUCUAACUAACACUGCACACGCGCAUUUGUCUAGUGUAUACACAUCUACACAUAUAUUUUUGUAUGUGUAUAUAGAGAGUGUGCUAAUGGAACAAAGUAGGUGCUAUCAUUCAUUCAUUAAUAGAAGAGAUGCAAAGAAAGGAAUAUGUUACUCUCACUCAUAAGAAGACUCAUAAUAACAAAUGCUUUCAAAGCAGUCGGUGACGUUUCUCCACAAAUCAUAUUUUCCCAUCACCCCAUCUCUCUUUCUUUCAAUCUCUAAAGAGACAGUUUAACAAUCGAUCUCACCGUCGACGACCACAGAAUAAGAGAGUGAAAAUCUUUGAAUAUGAAGAUGGAUGAUCACCACAAAGCUCUCACUACUUCAGCAACUCCUCUCUUGAUGUAUACCCCAACCCUUCCCAAAUUCAAAUUCUCUUCCUGCGAUGAUCAAGACCAUUCUCAGUCUCAUCCGCGGCGACCAACCCUCUCUGAUGUGGUUCAAGAGAUCAAACAAGUCUACAUCUUAGCCACUCACAUGAUCAUCACCGGCCUACUCAUCUACGGCAAAUCAGUGAUAUCAAUGCUCUUCAUGGGAAGACUAGGAAAAGAGGCAUUAGCCGGUGGGUCUCUCUCAACGGGCAUCGCGAACAUCACCGGCUACUCCAUCAUCUCCGGUCUCGCCAUGGGAAUGGAAGCCAUCUCUUCUCAAGCCCACGGAGCCAAGCAAUGGCAAGUCAUGUACCAAACCCUACAACGCACCAUCACAAUUCUAGUCAUCGCCUCCAUACCCAUCUCAGUCUUAUGGCUAAACAUCAAACCCAUCCUUCUCUUUUGCGGCCAAGACCCAACAAUGUCCUCCAUUGCCUCAACAUACCUCUCUUUCUCUCUCCCAGACCUCCUCUUUCAAUCCUUCAUCAACCCUCUCAAAAUCUACCUAAGGACCCAGAACAUAACUCUCCCUCUGAUCCUCAGCGCAGCCUUGGCUCUCGCUCUCCACGCCCCCAUCAACUACUUCCUCGUCCAUCGUCUCGGUCUCGGGAUUCGAGGCAUUGCCAUGGCCGCAGCCAUAACAGACCUCAACCUACUCAUAACCCUAUUGCUCUACCUCUGCUUUUCAGGCAUUUGUAGAAAAUCGUGGCAACAAUGCGACUCAAUUGUUUGUUUUAACGAUUGGAAAACACUUAUCGGACUAGCGGUGCCAAGCUGUGUGUCUGUGUGUUUGGAGUGGUGGUGGUAUGAGCUGAUGAUAGUCUUAUCCGGGUUACUGCCCAACGCGGCUGAGGCGGUGGCCACCAUGGGGAUUCUCUUGCAAGCGACGUCGUUUGUCUACAUCUUCCCUUCGUCGCUGAGUCUAGCCGUGUCAACCCGUGUUGGGAACGAGUUAGGUGCCAACCAACCCGGUAAAGCCAGGACAUCGUCUCUGAUCGCUCUAUCGUGCGCUGCUUUUAAUGGGUUGGUUGCUAUGGUUUUCAUGGUGACAAUGAGGAAUGCUUGGGGACGUGGUUUCAGCAGCGACGAAGCGAUUUUGGGGUUGACAGUGGCGGCGAUGCCAGUGGCGGGGCUGUGUGAGCUGGGGAACUGCCCGCAGACCGCCGGGUGUGGGGUGUUGAGGGGAAGUGCGCGGCCAACCACGGCGGCGAAUAUAAAUCUAGGUGCUUUUUACGGAGUUGGGCUGCCGAUUGCGGUGGUGAUGGGCUUGGUGAUGAAUAUGGGCUUGCCCGGGUUGUGGUUGGGCCUUCUGGCGGCCCAAGUGGUGUGUGCUGCUUUAAUGGUGAUUGUGUUGAUGAGGACGGACUGGGUGCAGCAAGCAAAUAGAGGAAGAGAGCUGAUUGGGAUUGAUGAGGACCAAGAAGCACAGAAGAAAACCUUACAGUAAUUUAAUUUUGGAGUUAAUGCAUUUCUUAAUUUUUUGUUUUUGUUUUGUUUUGUUUUUUGUUUUUUUUUUUUUUUUUUCUGAGUUGGUGUUGGAUUGCUAGUAAUUUUCAACAAAAAAUUAUGGGCAAGACUUCCCCAUUCUCGAGCUAUCACCUCCGAUAUACUAAAACAGACGAAAGUUUUG